UCUUAACGAAAGAAACGAUCUUCCUCAUUCGAAUUUUCAACUGUAAGACGUCUAGUCCUUUCGGAGUGUUUAGUAUCAGUGUUGUUCAAGAAAUUUCGGGUAUAAGUGACAGUGGCCCUACGGGGCAAGUUUGAGGAUAUGGCUCAUUUCAAUUAUCCAAACAUUACUGGAGUGGAAAUCAUCAAAGAGGAAAUGUUGAGUGAUAAUAGCGAAAAAGAAGAUUCCGACGAUGAGGUCUUCACAAGGAGGAAGCCAAUAAACAAGGGAAGAUGGAGCAAAGAAGAGGAUGCUCAAUUGAAGCAUUUGGUUGAUCAUUACAACUGUAAGUGGGAUCAGAUUGCCGAGCAUUUUCCUGAUCGAUCCGACGUACAGUGUCAGCAAAGGUGGACCAAAGUUGUCAACCCGGCUCUAGUCAAAGGACCAUGGACCAAAGAGGAAGACGAACUGGUUAUAAAGCUAGUUAAUAAAUACGGAGCAAAGAAAUGGACCACGAUAGCUCGAAGCUUGAAUGGCAGAAUAGGAAAACAAUGCAGGGAAAGAUGGCACAACCACCUCAAUCCGGAAAUAAGGAAAUCCCCAUGGACAGAAGAAGAGGAUCGGAUAAUUUAUGAAUGCCACAGAAAACUUGGUAACCAAUGGGCAAAGAUAGCAAAAUUUCUUCCGGGAAGAACGGAUAAUGCAAUCAAGAAUCACUGGAAUUCAACUAUGAGGAGGAAGUAUGAAACUGAUAUUAGGGAAGGAGGACAUAUGAAAAGGCCUAGAGGAAGAAAGUCAAGAGGAUCUGAUAAUAAUAUUAGCGGAGCUACUAAUCAGAACUGGACCGAAUAUUAUGAGGGCAGCUCAAGUGGCUUUUCUGGCACACCAACACCUAGUCCAAGCCCCAUAACUCCACCACUAAACAAUACUAAUUGUAAUUAUGACAGUAAUUCAUGCCCGCCUGAAUCCUCCCAAAGUGGUUGUAACUACACCUCGUAUUCUAAUAUAAAUGUGUACAAUGGACAACAACAUAGUCCCAUCCGAUUGACACCUCUUAAUGAAGAUGCCAUAUCCGAGUUUGACAUCAAUGGUUUAUGCAUAAACAGUCCAGAAAACAGAACGUUUAUUAGGAGGCGACUGGUGCCCUCCAACUUCCAACACCAAAAUCAUAAUGUACCUGCUAAUUCAAAUGCUUGUGAUAAUCAACGUGCAUUUGUACCUUCAAUAUUAAGAAGGAAUAAUAUUAAACAGAAACCGGAAGAGGAUAAUAGGAUUGCAUCACAGCCUACCAUCAACAUGAUGGAAGAAGAGGAUGCAAACGCCCGAAAUGUCUCUGAGAGAGCCAGUCCUGCAAUUUCAUUCAGCCCUGUAAAAACGGAGCCAGCGUCGCCUGCAAAACAACUACCGUUCAGUCCCUCCCAGUUCCUCAAUAGCAGCCCUAGUAUCAGCUUUGAUACUGUUUUAUCUUCUACGCCGUUGAGACGAUGUUUCCAAGCAUCUUCACCUUCAAAAAGAUACAUCAAAGUGGAACAGGACUGUGACCAAUUGAAAAAUGGUUAUGGUCCUAGUACUUCCGGAUACAGUCCAUUGAAAACACCAAAUAGCUCACAACAUCAGGUCAGUACAGAACCAAGCACUUCAGGAUAUAGCCUUUCGCGAACAUCAAAAGAACAAUGUACAUCUGAUUAUGGUCCUCUGGAAACACAAAAUGAAUCAUCUCAACCAAAUUGUUCAGAACUAAGCUCCUCUACUUUGGUCACAACUCCAACAGGAAGGUUUAGUGUACUGCAAACCCGUACACCGACACCAUUUAAGCAAGCCUUAGCCCAUAUUGUGAAAACAUCUGGACCUAUCGCGAAAGCACCAGAUAGCCCAACAAGAUUGGAAGACCUUACGGAAAUUUUGAGGAAAGAUCAGGACUCUUCCAAUGCAGAGAAUGAUUCAUCUAUGGUCAUGAUCUCGAAUGACAGUGGUUAUUCAACUGUGAAAAGAAAGGUGACAACAGGCCCAGAUGGAAAAGAAAAUGUUUUACCCAGUAAAAGAGUACGAAAAGCACUUGCGUCGGUUUGGACGUGUUCUCCGAUCAAUGUCAACAACACCUCAGACUUAUCCUUUGCAGUUGAAACACCUAGUCGUUCUUUAGGGGAAGAGAAUUCUGACCUUUUCUCAACUCCAUCGUCGAUUAUGAAAAAUUCACUUGGAGUAGCGGUUCUCACCGAUUCUACCGGAUCUGCACAGAACAAUUACUUCUGCGAGCAGUCCUCAUAUAUUAAUUCAACAUAUUUGCAAAAUUCCGUGGGGGUGACCGAAUAUAGUAGUGAACACACUGGUCAGAACACACAGACAGAAUUAUCAAAUCAGUGGUAUAACAAUUAUGGACAGAAUCUAUUCCUCUGAAAUCUCCUUCCUAUACUUCCCUAACCGUGAUCAUGCUUGCUUGUAGUUUAUUUUUCGCUUUUUUGGCAGAUAACAUCCUUGCACUUCAUUCAUCUUCAUCAACCAGCUUGAUUUGCAUGUUGCUUCUCAGUUCUCUAACUAGUCCUAACACACUAUUAGUCGUAUUAUUUAUCGUACUUUUUUUGCACAACAAUAUUCUUCUGUUUCUUUAAUUAUAUUUUCUAAUGCAGCUUCAGUAGUUCUUUUGCACAGAGAACGCAAGUAUAAAAUCUGGUGAAGUUUAGGUUCAUAAUUUUGAAGUGAAAAUCUCAUUUUCACAAGAAAGAUUAUUAACUAUGAUCUGAUUGCUUUGAAAUUUGAAUAGAUUUCCAUCUGAUUUUGUUUAUGCGUGUUCGUUGAUUUAUAAAUCUCAAAUUUAUACUUGUUAAAUGUAUUGUUAUCUUCUGGAAGAUAUAUAAAAAUAGUGAGACUUCGUCAAAACUUAGUAAUAUAAUCUGUUGUUGUAGAUAAAUCACUGUUUUUUAUGUAGUUUUUCCGUUGCACUUGAAUAUUUUAUUUUUCGUUUUCCUAGGACUUAGGAUAUAUGUAGAUGUGAUGAAAUUUUGGUGCUCUUCUAUUGAGUCUCAAUCUUUUGGGGCCGAUGUCAAAGUAAGAUGCAUAUUUCGUAAGGAAUUCUUCAGUGACAUCUAUAUAAUUUUUUUUGGACCAAUUAUCAUAAUUUCGUAUUCAUUUUCACCCAAUACUCUACCCUUCAGUGUCCUAUUGCAAACUACUUUCUCGACACUUCUUUCAAUAAUUAUUUACAUAGCGAUUUUUCAAAAUGAUUUUUGGACUCGGAUAGUGCGUCAGAAAUCUAAUCUAAUUUUGAGAUUUAGAUUUAUUGAGUGCAUAUUGAUUAUGCACGGUUAAAAAAACUGAAGAAACUGAACCACCUGUGUUCAACAUACCGGGUGUUACAGGAAUCUGGCUCACCGUAAAAUAUCUUAAUGUUGAAAUUUGGGACAUGGCCACUACAUAUUACUUCCUAUCGACUAGGGUCAUUCAUUCAUUCAUUUCUUGGUAACCACGUCACC